CGCAAGUAUUGUAGUAUUACUUAGCUUUCCGAACAGUAUUUCUACAUACUUCUGAUUUCUAAAAUGGGCAACAAUAUCUGCUUUAUUUUCCUCAUUAUUUUUGCAACCUUUACGGCUAUGGCAUUAGCACGUCCUCAGGAUUCAGUUUCUUCAUGCGGCCCAAAUGGACAGGAUACCUCAUGCGGCUCCGCUUGUCCGCCCAGAUGUGGUGAUAAUCCUUUGGAGUCUGCAGUUUGCAUCGCAGUAUGCGUCGCCGGCUGCCAGUGCAAUCCAGGAUAUUUGCUGAACGAUGCUGGUCGAUGCGUGUUGAGCAGUGAAUGUUAAUGAAAAUUUAGUCCUAUUAAAUAAAAUAGCAUACGGCAGUGUCUUCAAAAUUAUGUUAAAAAA